GGGGCGGGCUCCAGCAGAAUCCAAGAUGGCGGAGGCGGAUGCGUCCGGGAGGAUGACAGCUGCCGUUUGGUUGACCCUUCUCCUGGCGGUGGUGUCGGCGGUGGACCGAAGCAACUUCAAGACCUGUGACCAGAGUUCCUUUUGCAAGCGUCAGAGGAACCUGAAGCCCGGGAGCUCCCCUUACAGGGCCCUGCUGGAAUCCCUGCAGUUCAGCCAAGAUUCCAUGAAAAUCCAGCUUAUUAACGAAGCCAACAAGGUUCCUCUCCUCCUUGAGUUUUAUGGCUUGAAAGGGAACAUGACCCGCCUCCGGAUCAACGAGUUGACUCCCCUCAAGGCCCGCUAUGAGGUACCCGAUGUCUUAGUCCAGGACCCUCCCACCACCAGACUGUCUGUCACAGGCCGCGACGAGAACAGUGUGGAACUGUCGCUGGGGGACGGGAUCCGCAAGGUGAUCCUGACGGCGAAGCCAUUUCGCAUGGACCUGCUGGUGGGGUGGGAGCUGGUGCUGAGCGUCAAUUCCCGGGGCCUGCUUGUCUUUGAGCACCUGCGCCAGAGAAAGGACUCUUUCUCGGAUAAAGUUAGUAGCACGGUCGUUAGCAUUUGGGAUAGCAUCAAGAACCUUUUCUCUAGAACGCCGACCAAGGAACCAGACCCGGACGGGGCAGAGGCUGCGGAGGCCUCUAAUGCCCCUUUGCCUUUGGAGGAGGAACCGACUGAGAAAACGGAGCAGCUUGAGGACACAUCCAAAAGGGAGGGUGAGGCUGAAGAGGAUCCUGGAACCUGGGAAGAAACUUUUAAGACCCACACAGAUAGAAAACCCAAUGGGCCAACGUCGGUGGGACUUGAUUUCUCGUUCCCGGGAGUGGAGAAUGUCUAUGGCAUUCCAGAACAUGCAGACAACCUUCGUCUUCGAACCACUGAGGGAGGGGAUCCGUACCGUCUCUAUAACUUGGACGUCUUCCAGUAUGAACUCUACAACCCAAUGGCGCUCUACGGAUCGGUUCCGGUGUUGCUAGCUCACAGCGCCCAGCGCACCCUUGGCAUUUUUUGGCUCAAUGCGGCCGAGACCUGGGUGGAUAUCACCUCCAACACAGCUGGCAAGACCCUUUUUGGGAAGAUGCUGGAUUACAUACAGGGAGGAGGAGAAACGCCACAGACAGAUGUUCGCUGGAUGUCGGAGAGUGGAAUUAUAGAUGUGUUCCUCCUGCUAGGACCUUCACCUGCCGACGUUUUCAAGCAGUACACGUCCCUCACAGGCACCCAGGCCCUGCCUCCGCUCUUUGCCCUGGCCUAUCACCAGAGCCGCUGGAACUACAACGAUGAAGAGGAUGUGAACGCUGUGGACAACGGCUUUGACGAGCACGACAUCCCGUAUGACAUCAUCUGGCUGGACAUUGAACACACCGACGGCAAGCGCUACUUCACCUGGGACCCCAACAAGUUCCCACAUCCCCGGGAGAUGCUUCAACACCUGACGGCCAAGAGACGGAAGAUGGUGAGCAUCGUAGACCCACACAUCAAAGUAGAUACCGGCUACCGAGUCCACAAUGAGAUUCGCUCCCGGGACUUUUAUGUCAAAACCAAGGAUGGGAAUGACUAUGAAGGCUGGUGCUGGCCAGGGUCAGCGGGCUACCCGGAUUUCACUAACCCUCAGAUGCGUGCCUGGUGGUCCAGCAUGUUUGCUUACGACCAGUACGAGGGAUCCACGGAGAACCUCUAUACCUGGAACGACAUGAACGAACCCUCCAUCUUCAAUGGCCCCGAGGUCACCAUGCACAAGGACGCUGUCCACCAAGGGGACUGGGAGCAUCGGGACGUCCACAACCUGUAUGGCUUCUAUGUGCAAAUGGCAACAGCCCAGGGCCAGGAGCAGCGGUCUGGCGGUGUGGAGCGGCCCUUCGUGUUGACCCGAAGCUUCUUUGCGGGUUCACAACGUUACGGCGCUGUAUGGACAGGGGACAACUCAGCAGAGUGGGACCACUUAAAGAUCUCCAUCCCCAUGUGCCUCAGCCUGGGUCUAGUGGGCAUCUCUUUCUGCGGAGCCGACGUGGGCGGCUUCUUCAAAAACCCUGAGCCGGAGUUACUGGUACGCUGGUACCAAGUGGGAGCCUAUCAGCCUUUCUUCCGGGCGCACGCACACGUGGACACCACCCGCCGGGAACCCUGGCUCUUUGGCGAGGAGAACAAAGCCCUGAUCCGGGAUGCCAUUCGCGAGCGCUACGCCCUGCUUCCCUUUUGGUACACCCUGUUGUAUCAGUCUUACCGGACUGGCCAGCCCGUCAUGAGACCUCUCUGGGUAGAAUAUCCCCAAGAUCCUACCGUGUACGGCAUUGAUGAUCAAUAUCUGCUUGGCGAUGCACUGUUGGUUCACCCCGUAACAGCCCAAGGAGCUCGAGGCGUGCAGGUCUAUUUGCCUGGCAAAGGAGCGGUUUGGUACGAUGUCCACACCCACCAGAAACUCCACGCGCCCCAGACACUUUAUUUAACCGUCACCAUGAGCAGCAUUCCAGUCUACCAGCGUGGUGGCAGCAUUGUGGCUCGAAAGGAGCGGGUCCGACGUUCUUCGGACUGCAUGCAGAACGAUCCUUACACGCUCUAUGUGGCUCUAGGGCCCCAGGGGACUGCGCAAGGAGAUCUUUUUGUGGACGACGGGCACACGUAUAACUUUGAGACGAAAGGACAGUACCUGCACCGGCUCUUCCGUUUCUCUGGCAACGUGCUGACUGCCAGCACCGCUGACCCAAAAGGCAGCUUUGAAACUCUGGCCUGGAUCGAACGGGUGGUGAUCCUGGGAGCGGGGAAGCCGGCGGCGGUGUUCCUCAAGCAGGACGGUGCAGCAGAGACUCGCCUUGAUUUCACUCACGAAGCUGAAACGUCUGUUUUAACCGUCCGCAAGCCUGCUGUCAACGUUGGAGCAGACUGGAGCAUCUCGCUACGAUAAUGGCACGAGGCGGGGGCGGGGGAGACAAGGGUUAGCUGGGCAGAGGGGCAGGGAGAUGUUUGGGCGGGGUUGAGGAGCUCUAGGUGUGGAUCCUAUUCCUGAUGCAAGGAGUAGGUAGAUCUGGAAGCUCCCCACCAGCACCGAAUCUCAGGUCCAGUGUUCCAUUCCAGAAGGCAUGGCGUGGAGGAGGAAUAUCUUUCCCCUUCCCCCCUGGACCCCGCCCUCCCUCCCUCCCUUCUCUGUCUUCCUUCCUUCCUUCCUUCCUUCCUUCCUUCCUUCCUUCCUUCCUUCCUUCCUUCCUUCCUUCCAAUUCUCCUUCCUUCCUUCCAAUUCUCCCUCCCUCCCUCCCUCCCUUCCUUCCUCCCAAUUCUCCUUCCUUCCUUCCUUCCUUCCUUCCUUCCUUCCUUCCUUCCUUCCUUCCUUCCAGUUCUUUUUCCUUCCUUCCUUCCUUCCUUCCAAUUCUUUUUCCUUCCUUCCUUCCUUCCAAUUCUUUUUCCUUCCUUCCUUCCUUCCUUCCUUCCUUCCUUCCUUCCUUCCUUCCUUCCUUCCUUCCUUCCUUCCUUCCUUCUCCCCUCCCUCCCUCCCUCCUUCUAACUCUUAGCAAUAUUUGCUGUAAAAUGAGGAAUCUCCUGACAACGCUGGAUACAACUCAUUUUCCCUGUGUUCCCCCCCCCCUCUCCUCUCCUCAUUUUUUUCUGGCAAUGCAAACCUGGGUUGAAUUUUUCCAGAGUGGAUGGGGCUAUAUCUUUUUCUCCACACCCCUCUUUGUCUCACCUCUGCCCACUCGUUCUGGCUGAAGUUUUAAAUCUGUUUCUGGAGCAAUUAAAAACAAACAAACAGAAAACCAAAUUGACCGGGAGGCAAGGACUGCCUUUUAACCCCCUUUCCUUGCCAGCUGGUGAAUGUAUUGAAAAGUCGUCUCCCCCACCACCCCAACCCCAUAUGCAACCACUUGCUAUUUGCAAGAAUUUGUAUAUGCAGCCAGAUCAUAAAUCUUACCAAGCUCCCUGGAUCUUGCUUCUCCUGCUGAAUCCUUUUGGGGGGGGGGGUAUAAUUCUGUUUCUGAGGGAGGGGGUGGUCCAGGUGUCAGUGAAUCACUGUCACUUCUAUUUAUGGGGUUUUUUUAAUUUUGGUUGGGGUGGGUAGACAAGACAGAUCAUGUGAAGAUAAAAGGGUGGGCUUUGUGGCUGGGUUAGAAACCGGACCUAGGCUUGUGAGCAAGUGGAAAUGGAUGUUUUUGUCCUGCACAGGGACCAAGGAAAAGAGGUGGGGGGGAACCAUGGGGGCAUGAGCUGCUAGAAAAACAGCCCCCUUCCUUGCCGGAAAGAGAGAAGUAGGGGUCCAUCUGCCUGGGACUGGAGAACGGGCUGGAAUUUUUUUCCUUUUAGCUGCUGUACCUCCUGGCUCCCAACUUUGCUCCUGCCAACAGGCGAGAAGCUUUUGUUUUGUGGUUCUGUUAUCCGUCGGUGUAUAUGUGGAUUAACAUUCCUGAUUCUGGCUGGUUCUCCCUUAUGUGUUUGCAGGCAAAAGGCACAGAGCAGGGCUUUUAGUAAAAUUUCCUUCUUAACACACACACACACACACACACACGUGCGCACACAAACAUCUUUUCUAUCCCUCCCCAAUUGCAAUGACAUCUGCAGGUAAAGCUUUUACUGACUGGAGUGUUUUGAGAAAAGAUGGAGAAUAAAAAAAAAAUGCCACAAA